AUGAGGUGGGUCCCUGAAAACGAUAUCUGCCGCGAUUACAAAAUGUUCCUGAUAGUCUACGGCGCACUAUUUCUCUGGAGGAUCGAUGGAGUCGUCGAGAGCACAAAAGUGGUGAAGAGCAGCAUACGGUAUCAGACAACGUCACCUUUAAGCAGAGUGGGUCCAACGGUGUCCCUCCGUGACAUUGAGCCCAACUUUGUUGGUCCCAUCGAGAACGUAACAGUAGCUUUAGGCAGAGAAGCCGUGCUUACUUGCUCCGUGUCAGAUAUCGGCGAAUAUAAGGUGGCGUGGAUACGAGCUGACGACCAGACAAUACUCACACUACACACGCGGUUGGUGACGCAUAGUUCCCGUUACGCAGUUACUAAUGAUUCGCCUGACUCUUGGCAAUUGCAUAUCCGACCGCUGAAAGUCGAGGACCGGGGCUGCUACAUGUGCCAGAUCAAUACAAGUACCAUGAAGAAGCAGAUAGGCUGUGUAGAUGUUUUAGUUCCGCCGAACAUAGUCGACGAGGGUACCAGUGGGGACCUGGUAGCACGAGAGGGAACAGACGUAAGCAUCUCGUGCAGAGCGGACGGCAGACCUCUCCCACGCAUACUGUGGAGGCGGGAAGACGGCACUAACAUACAGUUAAGAAAUGAAGCUGGUGAGCUAUACAAAGAGGAUAUGUAUAUGGGGCCAUCGCUAAAUCUGACGAAGGUGGAACGCCGUCAGAUGGGUGCUUACCUCUGUAUAGCCUCCAACGAUGUACCUCCAUCUGUCAGCAAGAGAAUAAUGCUUAGUGUUAACUUUGGACCAUCAAUACUGAUAUCGUCAAAGGUGAUCGGAGUUCCCACUGGUUCUCAAACUCAGCUCGAGUGUCUUGUAGAGGCAUAUCCUCCAGCCAUCAAUUAUUGGCUUAAAAGUGGGGAAGAAAUGAUACUCUCUGGAGGUAAACAUUCAAUUAAGGAGGUACGCGUCUCAUUAUAUCAGACAAGGACAAUAUUAACUAUAACAGAAUUUAGCACUGAAGAUACAGGAACAUAUACUUGUAUUGCAACAAACACAAUAGGAAAGGCUGAUGGAACAUUAAGAUUGAACGAAAUUAAGAUAACAACUACAACUACUACAACAACAACGACGACAACAACAACUACAACAACAACAACAACGACGUCAGCACCUACAACUACAGAAAUGACAACACCUCCACAUUACGUGGUGGCUUUGCAGCCAGCUGAACACAAGUUUUAUACACCGGAUGUUACUACAUAUGAUACAAUGCAGAACGUCAUAGAGCAGUCCGUCCUCGACAACAACUGGCAGCCGACUACAGAAUCUACAGCGUUCAGCGCCCAUCAAACUUUCUCUCUCUCCACCCUCGCUUUAAUUACAGGGCUACCACAGCUCAUGUUUUACAUACUAUUUAGUUUAAAUUUAAAUUUUACUUGUAUAUUUAAACACAGAUAUCAACAAAUUAUAAACAGUGCGAGAUGA